AUGUACGGAAUCCAACUCCUCAUCGGAAUCACUCGUGAACCCUCCCUCUUUGGUGGUGAGCACGAAGUUGCACCGACCAAUAUCACACAAAACAAAGCCCAAGCUUGCACCAACAUCCACGCACAUGAAUGCACACAUCCACAAUUCGUAACUCUGAACGAUUUCAUCAGAUUACGCAGACAGCCCGUCCGCCUCCUUCGAUUCGACCAAACUUCCUCUCCCUCGGGAGCAGGCUUAGUUAAAAUUAGCGCUCCAACCAACCGUCGGCAAAUGGUGAGAAUCAUCGUCAAGACAUCUGUUGCUAAACUGACCACCUCGUCUGUUUUGGACUCCGCACCUUUCCUGGUCUGUUCGGCUCAACUCUUGUCCAUUUGGAAGACACGUCCCAGACCGACCGACCGACCGGCCGGAUGGUCUAUACUGUUUGUCCAGAGUCCAAAACGUGGGGAACGGAAAGAUGGCCGCAAGAAUGCGAUUUUGGAAAGCUCGGCAGCGCCUUCAAUCGCCGAUCCGGCGUCUUUUGGUCCAGGCAGUCAGAUAGAUCUGAAAACCAGGCCAAAGGUGGCCCGAACCGUUGUCAUGCUCAAUGGUUCGCAGAUCCUACCAAAGCGGAUAUUUCUUGUGGCAUAA